ACGUCGAUCUUCAAACAUUUUCAAGACAUGGAUUAGUUUUUAGCCAACGUUUCCUCUGCACACUAUCGUUGUGGCCAUGUCAUCGAAGAAACUCAUCAACUCGGUUGACAGGUGCGUUGACGAGGCACUCGAGGGCUUAGUGUAUGUAAACCCUGGGCUACAGGUUCUGCAGGGACACCGGGUAGUGGUCCGCAGUGACGUGCAAGAUGUUGUUAAGGCUGGAAAAGUUACCCUUUUGUGCGGGGGAGGGUCUGGACAUGAACCGGCACAUGCAGGUUACAUCGGCUCCGGGAUGCUGUCGGCGGCAGUAGCCGGGGCUGUGUUUACGUCCCCUCCCCCCAGCAGUAUUCUGGCCGCCCUGAGGUCCAUCACCAAACCAGGGGCAGCUGGUUCUCUGAUCAUUGUGAAAAAUUACACUGGAGACAGACUGAACUUUGGUCUGGCAGCAGAGAGGGCAAAGGCGGAGGGGUUAAAAGUUAAUAUGGUUGUUGUUGGAGAGGACUGUGCCCUUACAUCUGCUGAUAAAACAGCUGGCAGGCGAGGACUCUGUGGCACGAUUUUUAUGCAUAAGAUUUGUGGUGCUUUAGCUGAAGAAGGAAAACCUUUGGAGGAGAUUCAUCAGGUUGCUAGUAAUGCUGCAAAAAACAUGGGAACAAUCGGUGUUAGUUUAACCCCUUGUAGUCUACCAGGGGCUGGUCCAUCAUUCGAACUCAAGAGUGAUGAAAUGGAACUGGGUUUAGGUAUACACGGAGAAGCUGGUGUCAAACGAACAAAGCUGGUAUCUGCCAAAGAAGUUGUUACUAUGAUGCUGGAUCACAUGACCAAUCCACAGACUUCUACACACAUCAACCUCAAGAAAGGUGACAAAGUGGCAUGUAUGAUUAAUAAUCUGGGAGGCACUUCAGUAUUAGAGAUGAGCAUCAUAGCUAGAGAGGCAAUCCAACAGUUAGAGGCAAGAGGCGUAGCAGUGGAGAGAGCGUAUUGUGGAUCGUUGAUGACAUCACUAGAUAUGGCUGGAGUCUCCAUCACACUUUUACAUCUGGAUGACACAAUCAGGCGUUGUCUAGAUGCCAAAACCACAGCCCCUGCCUGGCCUGUGCCCCUGUUGCCCAAGGGAAAGUCAACUCGUGAAAAUCCAGGUGUCAUGCCGUACAGUCAGAAAGACGUGGCAGACAAGUCAAGUGGUGCUGUCAAAGUUCCUAAAGAAACAGCUGAUAUGUUAUAUGACAUGAUAAAGCUAUCCAUGGAGAGACUGAUAGCAUCAGAGGAUGAACUCAAUAAGCUGGACAAGGAGAGUGGGGAUGGGGAUUGUGGGACUACGCUGGCCCGUGGGGCCAAAGGUAUUUUAGAAAUUCUCGGCUCAAAAGACAAUCCAGGCCUUCCUGUACAAGUGCCUGCAGACCUUGCCUUGUCUCUUGCUAGGGUUGUUGAAAACUCCAUGGGUGGAUCCUCAGGAGCGCUGUACAGUUUGUUUUUGACAUCCGCGUCACUCUGUCUACAAUCCUCUGUUGGUCCUGCGGACUGGGUUAAAGCCUUAGUGAAUGGAAACAACACAAUCAUGAGGUAUGGAGGAGCAGAACCAGGAGACAGGACAAUGGUGGAUUCCCUGGUAGCGGCUGGGACGACGCUGUCGGAGAAGAUCUCCUCCACUUCACCUGUCCAAGCUCUAGAGGCAGCUGUGCAGGCAGCAGAAAAGGCCGCCCAGGCCACAGCAGGCAUGAAGGCCAGAGCUGGACGGGCAAGUUAUGUCAGUGCAGAAAGGUUAAACAGCCCAGAUCCAGGGGCAGUGUCUGUCACCUACUGGAUGAAGGCAGUGUUAGAAGUCCUCAGAGCAGUGUAGAGAUGCAUGUGAAUUGAAUAUACAAGAAUAAUAAACUAACCUGGAUCACAUCAAAAUCUAGGUGACCUAGCAGUGCAGUUCAUAUUAAACAGAUUUCAUCCAAACGUUUUAAACAUAAAAAAAAAAUAUUUGAAAUUGGGGGGUUGGGGCUGCGGUACGCUUGAUACUGUUCUGAAUUUUGAAGUUAUUCCUGAGUGUAUUUUAUUCAGACAAGACUAAUAAACAUACAACUCAAAUUUUCGUACAAUGCUGGUAUUUCUUUUUAUCUGAAGUAAAGUCAGAGUGUGGACAAACUACCUAGUCAUGUGUAUGACUGUGUAUGUAAACCCUCUAUUCUCAGGUGCAUGAUCUUGAUUGGCCUGUUUUAUAGAUAUUUAGGAACACAGUAGCUGUAGCUCUCUGAGACAGACUAAUUUUUUCCCCGAGAGAGUUACAAAUUUGCAGCUACACUGUAGGACCAUAGGUACUGUAUGUAUAAUCAACGUGGUGAUCAACAUAACCCAAUCUGUUGAAUGAGAGCUUGUGUGGACAUGAUCAACUUUAAGAUUACAAAUACAGAAACAGAGAUAAGCAAUGUUGAUUGAGAUAUAAUCUAAUUUUACUUUGUAUAUAUUGAUGACAAAUGAUGCUUCACUUAUAAUCCUGAUCAGCGGAUAAUUGUACUCUGUUAUAUUGUCAGUGAUUAUUUGAUGCCAGUGAGUGACACACGUGCAUGAUUCUGUACAAAAUAAAAUGUUCAUAUGAUUAAAUGAAUGGCUGUGUUUACUUGGACAUUGCAGCAGAUCAGUUUCAAAAAUGGUUAACAUGCCAGAGAAAUGUAAUGAUGAAUUAUUGAAUAAAGACAUCUCAAUACAUGAA